AUGGGGACGGGCCGGGGCGGUAACAGGGACAGGGGUGGCGACAGGGGCGACAGCGAUGUCAUUGAAGCAGAGAUCGAAGCAGAGGAAGAAGAGAAGAAACUGCAAACUUUUGAAGUGGUCAGCGACAUCCAGAGAGCAAGCCAUGGAGGCUAUGGUGCUAUCAUCACAGAGAUUAGACAACAUUUAUUAGCUUUUUAUCGUAUUAUAACUUUUGAGGGCAUAGCUGCUAAUAGUGAUGCCGAUAGGUUAGCCAAGUUUGCUCAUUCUUUAGAUCAGGGCUGUCAUGAGCUUCACCAGCAGUUUGCUUUGAGAAUUGGGGAUGCAUCAUCAAACGCUCUCAAUUAUGCCUCCCAAAGGCUGCUGGAUGCAUUUGUGGGCACCAUCUUCACGUUAAGUCGCCAACCUUUACGGCCCACCGAGGGUAAUUUUGCACCCGUCAAAGAGAUCGGCGACAUGCGAGAGAUAUUUGAUAUCGCGGGAGAGAUUCCAGAAGAUUUUCCAGAGGGUGUUUAUAUAAGAAAUGGUUCAAACCCUCUCUUUGGAGCCCUCCACUCGUCAACCUCAAUCUUUGGCAAGUCCCAUGACAUUUGGGUCGAAGGAGAAGGCAUGCUCCACGCCUUGUACUUCACCAAGAGCAAAAACAACACAUGGUCGAUCAAGUACACCAACCGCUACGUGCAAUCCGAUACAUUUAGGGUUGAGAAAGGACUGAAGAAACCAUGCUUCCUCCCUGCCAGCGACGGUGACCCUCUUGCGAUGCUCAUAGCGGGUACCCUUAAUAUUUUGAGGUUCGGAAAGGCUUUCAAGAACAUGAGCAACACCAGCGUGUUUGAGCAUGCUGGGAGAGUCUUCUCAGCAGCAGAAAAUGAUAACCCCCAUGAGAUUGACCUAUGUAGUCUUGGCACACUGGGUAGCUGGAAUGUUGAUGGAGGAUGGAAGAUGCCAUUCACUGCGCACCCCAAGGUAAUCCCUGGAACAGGAGAGUUGGUCAUCUUCGGGUUCAACCUGGAUGCGCCUUUUCUAACGGUUGGAGUUGUCUCAGCCGACGGGAACAAACUACAGCAGAAGGUUGCUCUCGAGUUAGACAGAUGCACAUAUUGUCAUGAAAUAGGAGUCACUACAAUGUACAACAUUAUUUUAGAUUCUCCACUUACAAUCAACAAGGAAAGGUUGCUCAAAGGUGCUCCGCUGAUUGAAUUCGAAAAGGAUAGCUAUGCAAGAAUAGGUGUCAUGCCCCGUUAUGGUGAUGCAAACUCGAUAGCAUGGUUUUACGUACAACCAUUUUGCACGAUCCAUCUUGUCAACUGCUUUGAAGAAGAAGAUGAGGUCGUUGUGAGGGGAUUUCAUGUGCCAGCUUCUAUCAUUUUGGGGCCAAGGAUCAAAUUCAAUCAAGGACUAACCGAGGAAUGUUUUUCUCGCUUGUAUGAGUGGAGACUGAACUUGAAAACAAAGGCAGUUGUAGGCAAAUACUUAACUGGAAAAGAGGUUGCCCUGGAAUUCCCAGUAAUGAAUGACAAAUAUGUUGGCUUGCCUCACAAGUAUGCAUAUGCUCAAGUGGCAGAUUCUCCUGCAAAUUUGGCAGGUGGUCCAGGAAUAGUACGACCGAAAUUCGGAGGUUUUGCAAAAUUUUGUCUUCAUGAGAAAGAGGAUGCAACCACCAAGAACAAAGGCCAAGAGGACCACAUAAAGGUUAAGUAUCAUCACCUUGCUAGAAAUCAAUUCUGCUCUGGAGCAACUUUUGUGCCAAAGGUCAAUGGUACAAACGAAGAUGACGGUUGGAUAGUUUCGUUUGUGCAUGAUGAGGGGACAAAUAAAUCAAAAGUGCACAUCAUCAACACACAAACAUUUGAGUAUGAUCCUAUUGCUAAGAUAACAUUGCCGCAAAGAGUGCCAUAUGGUUUUCAUGGAGCAUUUGUAUCAAAAAGUACAUGA